AACAAAGUCAACAAGGAAUUUACGAUAAAUAAAAAAUUCUAACCUCACUUUUUGAAUAUGUAAUCUCAUUUCUUCUCGAUUUUUUUAUUGUGAAUUUAAUAUUUGCAAAUAAUUGCAUUGACAUUUGUUGCAAAAAAUUUCAGUGAAAUUCGCAAGAAAAAACGCUGCAAAUCACAAAAAUUCCAUUUUUUUUAUACAAACAAAAAAGAAAGUAUAUUGUAAAAUUUUGAAAAAGAAUAAAAAAAUAUUAUUAAAAUUAGAAUGAAAAUUUGUUAAAAAUAAAUGUCGAAUUAUGAAGCAAAUACCUGGAUUGAAUUUUAAAGAUUUCAAAAAUGUAUUGGAGAAAUUGAAAGAAUUAAAAUCCAUAACUGGAUCUAAAGUAUCAAAAUUAUUAAAUAAUUCAGAAAUGGAAGCAUUACCAAGACACGAUGCUUUAAAAUCAAUUUCCUGGUUAGAAGGAACAUGGUCAACUAAAUCAUCAGGAAAAGGUCAAUUUCCAACAAUAAGUCCAUUUGAAUAUAAUGAAAAAAUGUCAUUUAGUUCACUUGGACAACCAAUGUUUAAUUACAAAUCAGAAACAUGGAAUCCUGAGACAAAAAAACCUCUUCAUUUAGAAACUGGAUUUCUCAAAAUAAUACCCAAUACAAAUAAAAUCAAUUUUCUAUUGGCACAUAAUUUUGGAUUGACAACAAUUGAAGAAGGCGAAGUGUGUGAUAAAAAAAUAAUUCUAACAAGUCUCUCUGUAGAAAGGCCAAGAGAAGGUACAAAACCACCAAAAGUUCUUCAGACAAAACGAGAGCUCACGCUGGUAGAAGAUAAUUGCCUUGAAUAUGUUUUUUACAUGUCAACUGAAAAAACUCCCGAAUUAACGGAACAUUUGAGAACAAUAUAUCACAAACAAUAAAAAUAUAUAAUCAAUAAAAUUGCAAGUUUGUCUAA